UAAAUAGGCACGUAUCAAGUCGCGAGGUGGCGGAGAGCAGAAGACGAGCAAUGGCGUCGCGCUUCCAGUCCUCCCACUCUUCGUUCCUUUUCCUUCUUCUCUUGCUCUCUUCUUCUCUUCCCCAUUCCCUCGCUUCCUCGAAGAAGCCGCCCGCGGCUGCUCGAAAGGGCGACAUCCCCUUCAUCAAGUGCCAGGUCUGUGAGAAGAUCUCCCAUCAAAUUAUACAUCAGGUGAAGAAAAAGGAGUCUCAGAUUUCGCCAAAGAAGGUUUCGGAGCUCCAGAUCAUUGAAAUAGCUGAAAAUAUUUGUAAUCUGAAGAAAGAGGAGUCGGAUUGGAUUCUCCAGAUUGACCUUGUUGAGAAAGGCGAUAAGUUGGAGCUGAUUGAGCAAGGUGUUGAAGGAUUAUGUAAUUCAGAAUGUAAAACCAUUGAGCGUGCUUGUCAAGAGAUCUUGGGUUAUACGGAUACUGAUGUUGCUGAAUUUGUGUAUAGCACUAGACCUUCAGUUGAUCAGUUGAUUAAUUUUCUCUGCAAGGACCUUUCUAAAGCAUGCUCUGUCAAGCCACACCCUCUUCCUGCGGAUAGGAUUGCUGGAGAAGCAUUUGUUGCCAAGCCCGCCAAAGAAGCUGAAAUGGAUAAGAUUUUGAGAUCUAUGGAGGGCAUGCCAGGGGCGCCAGGAAUGAAAAUGUACUCACGUGAAGAUUUGAUGAGUGGUAAAUUCGGUGGCAGUGAAGAAGAUGAUGACGAGGACGAAGAAGAUGACCUCUCUGAGAAACUGGGAAACAUUUUAAAAAGUAAAGACUCUCCCAAGCGGGACUAUAAACAGAAGCUUUUGCAAGGUUUUGCAGAAACUGGGACAGCGAUAAAGAGGCAUAUAAGCAAAGUAUCUAAACAUGCUAAGAGCUUGUGGAGAAAGUUUACAAAAGGUUCAAGCCCAGCAAAAGCAAAAAAGAUUGAUCUCUGAACCUGCAAGAACCAUUUUUUUCAGUGAGUGAAAUCAGAGUUAGUUUGAGAGCAAGUUUAGUUGCACAAAAUGUGAUGAACCUGUGCCAGAACAGUUAGGCAUUAUUGUUUGCUUCUUUUUUAUUUUAUUUUAUCCAAAAGUAUAUUUAAUGGGCCUAAUUUUAUGAUUAGGAUUAAGAACUGUAGACAUCAUUUAUGUUAGAUAUGUUUUCAAAAACCUUGCUCCCUAAUGUGAAAGUGAGCUGAAGUACAGGUCGAAAUUGAUGAUCUUUCAACUAA